UUGGGCUUCUCACAGUGUGUGUUCUGUCUUCCAGAUGAGGUUGGUGCGCUGGUGUUUGAUAUCGGGUCAUACUCGGUCCGGGCCGGCUAUGCGGGUGAAGAUUGCCCCAAGGCUGACUUCCCGACCACCCUGGGCGCCUUUUCACCGGAUGAGUCCGUCUCCUCUGACCCGGAGAAAGAGCGCAAGCUGAGCCGAGUGUACUAUAUCGACACCACCUGUCUGCAUGUGCCGCGGCCUCACGCCGAGGUCACCUCUCCGCUGAAGAACGGAAUGAUUGAAGAUUGGGAGGCCUUCCAAGCCAUUCUGGACCACACAUUCAACAAGCACCUGAAGUCUGACCCGGCCCUACACCCCGUUCUCAUGUCAGAGGCGCCCUGGAAUGCCCGAGCCAAGCGAGAGAAGCUCACCGAGUUGAUGUUUGAACAUUAUAACAUCCCCGCCUUCUUCCUGUGCAAGACGGCCGUCCUCACCGCAUUUGCCAACGGCCGUUCCACAGGCCUGGUCCUGGACAGCGGGGCCACCCACACCACCGCGCUACCGGUCCACGAUGGCUACGUCUUGCAGCAGGGUAUCGUCAAGUCGCCCCUGGCUGGUGAUUUCAUUACCAUGCAGUGCCGCGAAUUAUUCCAGGAGAUGGGGGUGGAGAUUAUCCCGCCGUACAUGAUCGCAUCCAAGGAGCCGGUACGGGAAGGGUCACCCCCAAACUGGAGGAAGAAGGACAAACUGCCCUCCGUCACCAAAUCCUGGCAGAACUACAUGAGCAAUGAGGUCAUCCAGGAUUUCCAGGCCUCCGUCCUGCAAGUCUCAGACUCUCCGUAUGAUGAACAGUAAGCAUUGAAUAUGGAACGGCCAAAUGGCUACAACACAGACUAUGGCGCUGAGAGACUGCGUAUCCCCGAGGGGCUCUUUGACCCCUCCAAUGUGAAGGGUCUCUCUGGUAACACCAUGUUGGGGGUGGGACACGUGGUGACCAGCAGUAUCGGGAUGUGUGACAUCGACAUAAGACCGGGUCUGUACGGCAGUGUCAUUGUCACCGGUGGUAACACGCUCCUCCAGGGCUUCAACGACCGGCUGAACCGCGAGCUGUCACAGAAAACACCGCCGAGCAUGCGUCUCAAGCUCAUCGCCAGCAACAGCUCCAUCGAACGCCGCUUCAGCUCUUGGAUUGGGGGCUCCAUACUCGCCUCUCUGGGCACCUUCCAGCAGAUGUGGAUCUCCAAGCAGGAAUACGAAGAGGGAGGGAAACAGUGCGUGGAGCGCAAGUGUCCCUGAGCCCAUCCAUCCCAGAACGCUGCGCCAUGAUACCCUCACCGAGCUACAUCACCGC